AUGCUGGAAAAGUUCUGCAACUCUACUUUCUGGAAUUCGUCAUUCCUGAAUAGCCCAGAGGCAGACCUGCCCCUUUGUUUUGAGCAAACUGUUCUGGUGUGGAUUCCCUUGGGCUUCCUUUGGCUCCUGGCCCCUUGGCAGCUUCUCCAUGUGUAUAGAUUCAGAAGCAAGAGAUCUUCUGUAAACAGACUCUACCUUGCUAAGCAGGUCCUCGUUGGGUUUCUUCUUAUUCUAGCAGCCAUAGAGCUGGCCCUCGUACUCACAGAAGACUCUGGACAAGCCACGGUCCCUGCUAUUAGAUAUACCAACCCAAGCCUCUACCUAGGCACAUGGCUCCUGGUUUUGCUGAUCCAACACAGCAGGCGAUGGUGUGUACAGAAAAACUCUUGGUUCCUGUCCAUAUUCUGGAUACUUUCAAUACUCUGUGGGACUUUCCAGUUUCAGACUCUAAUCCGGACACUCCUACAGGGCAGCAAUUCCAAUCUCGCUUACUCCUGCCUGUUCUUCAUCUCCUAUGGACUCCAGAUACUGAUCUUGAUCCUUUCAGCAUUGUCAGAAAAAAAUGACUCAUCAAACAAUCCAUCAUCCACAGCUUCAUUUCUGAGUAGCAUCACAUUUAGUUGGUUUGACAGCAUGAUUCUGAAAGGUUACAAGCACCCUCUGACACUCGAAGAUGUCUGGGAUAUUGGUGAAGAGCUUAAAACUAAGACGGUAGUGAGCAAGUUUGAAACACACAUGACAAGAGAGCUGCAGAAAGCCAGGAGGGCAUUCCAAAGACGGCAGCAGCAGAAUUCCCAGCAGAACUCUGGAGCCAGUCUGCAUGGCUUGAACAGGAGUCAAAGCCAAGAUGUCCUUGUCCUGGAAGAAGCUAAAAAGAACAAAAGGAAGUCUGGGCCCACAAAAGACUUUCCCAAGUCUUGGUUGCUCAAGGCCUUCUUCAAAACUUUCUAUAUAGUGCUCCUGAAAGCAGUCCUACUGAAGCUAGUUCAUGAUGUCUUCUCAUUCCUGAAUCCUCAGCUGCUGAAGUGGAUGAUCUCCUUUGCAAAUGACCCUGACGCGUAUGUGUGGACUGGAUAUAUCUAUGCAAUCCUGUUAUCUGCUGUGGCUCUCAUCCAAUCUCUCUUCCUUCAAUAUUAUUUUCAUUUGUGCUUCAUGCUGGGCAUGAGUGUACGAACGACCAUCAUGGCUUCUGUGUUUAAGAAGGCGCUGACUCUAUCCAACUCAGCCAGGAAGCAGUACACUGUUGGAGAAACAGUGAACCUGAUGUCUGUGGAUGCCCAGAAACUCAUGGAUGUGGCCAGCGUCAUGCACAUGCUGUGGUCAAGUGUUCUGCAGAUUGUCUUAUCCAUCUACUUCCUGUGGAGAGAAUUGGGACCCUCAGUGUUAUCAGGUGUUGGGGUGAUGGUGCUCUUUAUCCCAGUUAAUGGGAUAUUGGCCGCUAAGAAUAAGGCUAUUCAGGUAAGAAAUAUGAAGAAUAAGGACAAACGUUUAAAGAUCAUGAAUGAGAUUCUCAGUGGAAUCAAGAUCCUGAAAUAUUUUGCCUGGGAACCUUCAUUCAAAGACCAAGUUCACAACCUUCGGAAGAAAGAGCUCAAGAACCUACUGACCUUUAGUGUGAUGCAGGCUAUAAUGACAUUCCUCUUAUACUUAACUCCGGUCCUGGUGUGUGUAGUCACGUUUUCUGUUUACGUCCUGGUGGACAGCAAUAAUAUUUUGGAUGCAGAAAAGGCCUUCACUUCCAUCUCCCUCUUCAAUAUCCUGCGCUUUCCCAUGGGCAUGCUUCCCAUGGUGAUCUCCUCCAUGCUCCAGGCCAGUGUUUCCAUAGACCGUCUAGAGAAGUACUUGGGAGGGGAUGACCUGGACACAUCUGCCAUUCGACAUGACUGCAAUUUUGACAAAGCUGUGCAGUUUUCUGAGGCCUCCUUUACCUGGGAACAAGACUUGGAAGCCACAGUCCGAGAUGUGAACCUAGACAUUAUGCCAGGCCAAUUGGUGGCUGUGGUGGGCCCUGUGGGCUCUGGGAAAUCCUCCUUGAUGUCAGCCAUGCUGGGAGAAAUGGAAAAUGUCCACGGGCACAUCACCAUCAAG